GAGGAGGUAGGACAAGCCAUCAAGGGAGGCUAUCUCCAGAGGUUCAGCUCUAUCACAGUUGCCUGGGACAGCAUGGGUGCUGGCUGAUGUGCCAAGAGAUGACAGUGACCCACACAGCCCUCCUGCCCUGCUGCCAUGUCCACCCUGGUGACAGGACCUAUACCCUGAGGACUUCCAGGUAUGCUAAGACUGAGUGCAGCUAGGUGAUCCUUUCCCAGCAAGACUCAAAGGCCACCAGCUUCCCUUCGCUGGGAAGGUCCUGGAUGCCUCUUCCAGUGAUGGAGCAGGAUGUGGAGAAGGAGGUGCUGGCCCCUUCCCCUCCACAGAAGCCCUGAUAGCCCUCUGGGGUCAGUGGAACCCUGUGGCCUGACAGAAGGGAUCAUACAGCUUCUCGAUCCCACAUGCCCCUGUGGCAGAAGGGAGCAUGGUGUCCCCGCCAGCUCACUAUCAGCUGCUGUAACCAGGGAAAAGGGGAAGGCCGUGUCUUGGGACGUGGUGAUAACCCGGGGGAUGCGGCGGAGCACAAGCCUGUACCCUGCCACAGCACUGCUCACCAUGGAGGGACCACACCGCUGCUGCCUCCUCCUCCUCCUCCUCUGCCUGCUCCCACCACUGGGCAUUCCAAGCCCACCACUGCCUCUGGAGGAACCUCAGGAUCUGCCACUGACACUGUCCAGCACCGCUGACCCCACUGCCCACCUGCUGCGCGGCCACCCCUCAGCCCCAGUGCGGCCCUACAGCCUCUCGCUGUCCCCUGAGGAUUACCACUACUCCCCCAAGCCCCGGCACCUGCGCCCUGGGCGGCUGCGCCGGCUCCUAGGCUCGGCCUUCGACCCCUUCUGGAUGGCAACCAAGGAGCCCCGGGGUCGCAACAGCAGCAUCCUCGAGGAGAACCUGGAGUCCAUGAGCAGGGACCUGGCAGAGGGUGCCGGGCGCUACCGCCGCAAGCUGUGGCGAGAGGUGGAGGGACUGGAGCUGCCCAACCUGCUGCUCCCUGGCCCGGGGUUGCCCCCUGAGCUACCUGGGGCCCUGGCCCGCCACCUGCGGCAGUGGCUGGUGGAACUGGCUGCCUGCCGCCUCACCUCCACCUGGGUUGACCUGGGACCCGUCUUCUGGCCCCGCUGGGUGCGCCACACUGCUUGUGACACCAGACUCCCCGGCUGCUCCUGGCCCCCUGGCAUGAUCUGCCGCCCCACACAGCUCACUCGCAUCAAGCUGCUGGCCUGGCACUGCUGGGUCCCCCAGCACCCAGGCCCACCAAACUGCACCUGGCGGCAGAUCCCCUACCCUGUUGUGACUGCCUGCAAGUGUUCCUGCCGCUGAGGGGGCUGCAGUGGGCUAUGGAGGGACCCCAUGGUACCUGUUCUUGUAGCCAAAAGGCCUGAAAAGGCAAGAGUCUGCCUGGAUUCACCCUUGGAUCUGGGGGGAAUCCCCAAACAGAGAAAUAAACCUCCAGAAAGGAA